AUGCGCCUUCAACAGCCCUGUGGGACUGGAACGCCAGUCACCGAGAUCGCAAAUGUCUCGUUGCAGGAGAUGCCUAGUGAGAACCCCGAUAAUGCCACUGGCGAUAUACCGAAGCGAAUAGCCAUCAUCGGCAUGUCCUGCCGCCUCCCAGGAGACGUUUCGACGGCUGAAGAUUUCUGGGACCUCUGCUCUCGAGGUCGAAGUGCCUGGUCGCCAUUUCCGAAGACUCGCUUCAACCCCGAUGCCUACUAUCACCCAGAUCCUGAUAGACCCGGCUCUUUCAACCCAGUGGGAGCCCACUUUCUGAAAGAAGACAUUGGCUUAUUCGAUGCGCCCUUUUUCAACAUUACACUGGUAGAGGCACGAUCAAUGGAUCCGCAGCAUCGAAUUUUCCUCGAAUGUGUGUAUGAAGCGCUCGAGAAUGCUGGAAUCCCGAGCCAUGAGAUCACCGGCCAAAAGAUAGGAGUCUUUGCCGGCGGCUCAUAUCCCGACUAUGAAAUCAACAACACCAGAGAUAUCUCAGCUAUCCCUAUGUAUGCUGCCACUGGAACGGCCAUGGCACUGCAGGCGAAUCGGAUUUCGUAUUAUUUCAACUUGAAUGGGCCUAGUGUUACCGUCGACACAGCUUGCUCUUCCAGCUUGUCUGCUCUCCAUUUGGCUUCUCAGAGUCUACGGAACGGUGAAUGUUCGAUGGCCAUCGUGGGAGGGUGUCACUUGAAUAUAAUUCCAGAGCCUUUUGUCUCGAUGACACGUUCUAGAUUGCUUUCCGACACUGGUCGCUCAUACCCAUUUGAUCACCGCGGAACUGGCUUUGGUCGAGGCGAAGGUGCUGGUUGUAUUAUAUUGAAAUCUCUCGAGGACGCCGAGGCUGCUGGAGACGCCAUCCGAUCUGUAAUUAUCAACAGUGGUCUCAACCAGGAUGGGCGGACCAGAGGUAUUGCAACGCCAAAUGGGAAGGCACAGGAGGCUUUGAUUCGUCAAGUCUAUAAAGAGGCACGUAUAGACCCGUCCUUGACAGGAUUUGUUGAGGCUCACGGCACCGGGACCAAAGUUGGUGAUCCACUCGAAGCCACUGCAUUGAACGCCGUCUUUGGAAAAGGACGGACUCCGCGUCAGCCAUUGCUUAUCGGGUCUGUCAAAUCGAACAUUGGUCACACAGAAGGAACAAGUGGCGUUGUUUCAGUGAUCAAAACAGCUUUGGCGCUUGAGCGAGGCUUCGUACCACCAAACUGCAAUUUUGAGAAGGCGAACGACGCGAUACCCAUGGAAAAGUGGAACAUGAAGGUACCCAAGAAGCUGAUGCCGUGGCCUCGUGGCAAACCAUAUGCAAGUGUGAACAACUUCGGCUUUGGCGGGACCAAUGCCCAUGUUAUUCUACAGCGUGGUCCCAGAUACGAAGGCCAACUUGCAGCGAACAACGAUCCUCUCAAGCGCAAGUUGUACGUGGUCUCUGCGUACGAUAAGCAAGCUACUAUUCAGCUUGGAAAAUCCAUUGGAGCGUAUCUCGACCUUUACCCAGUGGUUUUCAACGACAGCACUUUGGAUAACAUGGCCUACACGCUGGGACAGCGACGAACAUUCAUGCCAUGGAGAUUGGCAUCAUCUGCAAUCCUUGGACAGGAGCUGACUUCCUCACUGUCUACUGACGCAGUGCCUGUUCGUUCUUCCAAAGAGCCUACUAUCGGUUUUGUGUUUACUGGACAAGGUGCGCAAUGGCAUGGUAUGGGCAAAGAACUUCUGAGUACCUACCCGGCUUUCAACCAGACUAUGCAAGACGUGGAUGCUUGCUUGAAAUCCCUCGGUGCUACUUUCUCAAUUAUCGAUGAAUUGCUUUUGACUGACCCCAGUGCAAGCUCUAUCUCUGCCGCAUACAUGAGCCAGCCAGCUUGUACCGCAGUGCAGCUAGCGUUGGUUGAUUUGCUCUCCUCCUGGGGUAUUCGCCCGAAGGCAGUGGUCGGCCAUUCAAGCGGAGAGAUUGCAGCAGCUUACGCGGCGGGCAUUCUCAAUCUCGAAGAAUGUGUUCGUGUGGCAUACUCUCGUGGUGUUGCAGCGAACCUGGUUGCAAAUGACAAGUCUAUUAAGGGAGGCAUGCUGGCGGUCGGGGCUAGCGCCUCAGACAUUCAGCAAAUCUUGGAUGCGAUGCGAGGCAACCGGGCAGUUAUUGCCUGUGUAAACAGCGAGUCAAGCGUCACUUUGUCUGGAGACGCGGAGGUUAUCGGCCACCUGCAGACUGCUCUGGAUAAAGAAGGGAUCUUCACGCGAAGACUGCAAAUUGAAGUUGCUUACCACUCUCCCCAUAUGAAGACUGUGUCAAAGGAAUAUCGGUCCCUUCUUGGCAAGAUUUUGCCUCGGGACUCCGAGGUUCCAUUCCAUUCGACUGUUUAUGGAAAAUUGGUUCCAGGAUGCGCUUUGGAUGCCGCCUACUGGGUCGAUAAUCUGGUCUCCCGUGUGGAGUUUGUGGAGGGUCUGAAGAGCCUUGUGACCGACGAGGAGGGAAAUACACCAAUCAGCACAUUAGUCGAAAUCGGUCCUCACCCUGCCCUGCAAUCACCCGUGAAAGAAAUUGCCCAGAAAUACGCCCCGAAUUCCAAUGUGCAAUACCUCCACACCUUGAAACGCAAGGUAGAUGACAUCGAGGCUGUCCAAAACCUCGCUGGCUCACUGUUCACGCAGGGCAUGAAUCUCAAAUUCCAAGCUAUCAACUUCCCGAACUUGAAAACAACGACAAGGAAGCCAGCUGUUUUGACAAAUCUGCCCAAAUACCCAUGGAAUCACUCAGAAAGAUACUGGUUCAGCUCACGCAUAGGUGAUAACCAUUUCCAUCGCCAAUUCGCUCGGAGUGAUAUCAUCGGCUCAUUGUGCAUAGAGAAUGUCGACUUUGAGCCUCGAUGGAGAAAUAUCAUUCGUGCGGAGGAUCACCCUUGGAUCCGCGAGCACAGAGUCCAUGGGACCAAUGUGUAUCCAAUGACUGGAUUCUUGGCUAUGGCUAUGGAGGCUAUCUCACAACACGCACAGCUUUAUCACAUUACUCCUGCAAAGAUCGACCUCCGCGAUAUCUUCAUUAGCCGUGUCCUCGCCAUUCCGGAUAACUCAUCCGUGGAGACAAUGCUCAGCCUGAAACCAGCCCGAGCGGAAGCUCCCAGUAAAUCGGUCCUCGGCUGGCACGAGUUCAAGGUUUUCUCAUGGGCCGAGGGCCGCGGGUGGGACCAACACUGCAAUGGUUUCAUUAUGGUCCACGAAGCCAAGGACGUCAAUCCUGUGGAUGGGUCCCGACAACAGCUCGAGAAAACCGCACGUUUAACUCAGCAAGCAUUGAACAUGCGGAAUUCAUGUGACGUGCCCGUUGACAGCAAGUUCCUCUAUGAGAACAUAACUAGCGGUGGUGUCCAUUACGGUCCUCUUUUCCAAGGACUGACAGAUGUAUCUGUGAGCAAGGACGCGAAAGCAAUGGCUACCAUCCGUAUCCCAGACACGAAGGCAGCAAUGCCCUAUAAACAGGAAACUCCCUGCAUUGUGCACCCUGUUACACUUGAUCUUUGCAGUCAAGUCAUGUGGGUCCUUUGUGGUUACGGCGAGCCCGGGCCGCAAGUCACCCAUGUGCCGUCGCAUGUCAAGCAAGUCUCUGUUUCAUUGUGCCAAGAACUCAAUGCUGGCACUGUACUGCAACUAUAUGGUAGCAAGUCAGGAAAUGAAUCCGCAAGCAACCCUGAGACCAACCGCAUAUUCGCCACUCUCCCCAGCAACCCAACAAACCUGCUUAUUGACAUCAGUGGUAUCACUCUGGUGCCGGUAUCGAAGGAUAUCAAAGGUUCGAAGGACACUUCGCCUGGCCAGAUUUGCUACAAGGUCCAAUAUGAGCCUUGCUUCGAUUUCCUCUCUGCCGAAGAUUAUCGACAGCUCCCUCGCCCAGAGACUAACACGGCCCAAGGCCUUGAACGAAUGCAUCGACUCGAAUCUGUGGCAGAGCACUACCUCGCACAGAUGGUCAAGUCUGUGACAGAAGACGAGGUGUUGACCUUCGAGCCCCACCAUCAGAAAUUCUAUCGCUGGGCCCAGAACACUUGCGAAAACGCAGGUAUCCAAUAUCCUUUACCCCUUGACGUUCUCGAACAGAACAGAACCGUCAAUGGAGCAGGCGAGUUGACAUUCAAAGUGGGGGAGUUGCUUCCCCAAAUUCUCAGGGGCGAGGUAGACGCCUUGACUCUGCUGCUGGACGAUGACGGAAUCGAUAGACACUACCGUGACCUUGACGCCCUUAAAGAGGCUUAUGCAAAUGCCUCUGUCUGCAUCGACAAGAUGGCACAUCAGAACCCUGAGCUCAACAUCCUUGAGAUUGGUGCUGGAACAGGUGGUGCCACCCUGCCUAUUUUGCAGAGUCUGGGCGGAGGUGAAGCAGGAUCUACGCCUCGGUUCGGCCACUACACCUACACGGACAUCUCUCCCGGCUUCUUUGAAAAGGCUAAGGCAAAGUUCGAGAACUGGGGGCGCCUCAUGACAUAUUCGACGCUCGACGUGUCCUCCGAUCCCACUGGCCAAGGCUUUAGUAAUGGCACUUAUGACGUUGUAGUUGCUUGCAACGUGCUGCAUGCUACUUCCGAUAUCAGCCAAACAAUGUCAAACAUCAGAGCGCUUUUGAAGCCUGGUGGCAAGAUCCUACUAAUUGAGGAAACUGUCCCCAAGGCACGCCACUUCCCAUUUGUACUCCUCCCUGGAUGGUGGCUGGCCAAUGACAAAUUCCGCAACGACGGACCACUCCUCACCGUCGAAGGGUGGAGCAAUGUGAUGAUAGAGAAUGGCUUUUCUGGCGUUGACCUGUGUGUCGAGGAGUACCCUGGAGCAUCUUUUCAGUCUGGCUGUCUCAUGACAUCCACCGCGAAGAGCCCAGUGACCGGUCCCGCAAACGCGGGCGAUGUUGUGAUUCUCGGCAUUGACUCCCUCGGCAGCAUUUCGUCCCUUAGCCUCGAAGCUGGUCUGAGGAACAUGACUGGUGUGAACCCCAUCACUGCUAUGGACUCUGAUGAGGUUGAUAUCACCGGGAAAUGGUGUAUUUUCCUCGGGGGCAUGGAUCGCUCAAUCCUAUCGCACCUCACUCAAGAAAAGUUCCAGGCAUUGCAGCGCCUUUUGAGCCGGGUUCGAGGUCUACUGUGGGUUGUUCGUCAUAGUAAAGCUGACCUGGAAUCCCUUGGCGCGAACAUGGCGAUCGGACUGGCUCGCACUGUGAGAUCAGAGACUGGCCUCCAAUUCGCGACGCUUGACUUGGGAGAACGGGAGACCAUGCCCGAUGCCGAGGCCGUGAGACACAUGCUCAAUGUGUUCAACGGAGUCUUCUGCGGAACAUCGCAGCUAACCCAGAAUGACUGGGAGUUUGUUGUCCGAAAUGGCAACGUUUGUGUACCCCGCUUGAUUGAUAACAACGAAUUGAACCUCAGUGUCCAACAAGAAUCACCAGAUGCGCCUCCCCAGAUGCAGCCUUUCAAACAAGAUCGCGCUUUGCGGCUUGCUGCUGGCGACGGGAGGGGUCUUGAUGAGCUUUACUUCACAGACGAUGUUUCCCGCAGCGGAACCCUGCCGGAAGAUUAUAUUGAGAUCCAGGUCCACAGCACCGGUCUGAACUUCAGAGAUGUCUUGAUGGCCAUGGGUCAGCUUCAAGGAGACAGACUCGGACAGGAAUGUAGUGGUGUCGUGACUAAAGUGGGAGCUGCGGUAUCCGACUUCAAGAUUGGCGAUCGAGUCUGUGCGAUGUCACCAGGUUCCUUGUCAACUUUCACUCGUUGUCCAGCCUCUGGAUCCUGGGCAAUUCCCGAAGAUAUGCCAUUCGAGAUCGCAGCUUCGAUCCCAGCUGUGUUCUGUACUGCUUACUACUCUCUCAUUGACCUGGGACGAUUGACUAAAGAUGAGAGUGUCUUGAUCCAUGCCGCUGCAGGAGGUGUUGGCCAAGCUGCUAUUAUCAUUGCUCAGAGCGUUGGAGCCAAUAUCUUCGCAACCGUCAGCAGUCUCGAGAAGAAAAACUUCCUCGUGGAAACUUAUCAGCUCAAGGAAGAACAUAUUUUCUUCAGUCGUGACAUGUCAUUUGCGCAAGGUAUUCAGCACGCCACUGGUGGUCAGGGCGUGGAUGUUGCUCUUAACUCGCUUAGCGGUGAUGCUUUGCAGGCAACAUUCGAGUGUGUUGCACCGUUUGGUCGCUUCAUUGAACUCGGCAAGCGGGAUAUCACGACAAACUCUCGAUUGGAGAUGGCCCACUUCAACAAGAACAUCUCCUUCGCAUCUGUAGACUUGGGUAUCGUCAGGGAGAAGCGUCCGCAAUUGACGAAGCGACUGCUACGUGAUUCGUUCAAGCUGUUUGUGGACACCAACGCCCAGUCGAGGUGGUCUGUCACCACUCUUCCCAUCUCAGAUGUUGAGGUUGGAUUCCGGGCGCUGCAGGGUGGACAAGUGAUUGGCAAAAUGGUCGUCCAGGUUACUGAUGACUCCAUGGUUAAGGUCCAUCCCGCUAGAAGGGACGAAAAUCUUCUUCGCACAGACGCUUCAUAUAUGAUCGUUGGUGGAACCAGCGGGAUUGGUCUCGAUAUUGCCAGUUGGUUGCCAGAGAAAGGAGCCAAGAAUAUUAUCCUGGUCUCUCGAAGUGGCGUUAAGACUGAAAUCGCGGAACAAACUAUUCAAGAUCUUAUUCGCCAGGGUAUCAAUGUGGAAGUCUGUCGUUGCGAUGUGGCAGAUAAGCAGAGCGUGGAGCAGAAUCUUGUUCCGCUCCUCGCCCGCAUGCCUCCCGUUCGUGGUGUUGUAUACGGCGCUAUGGUUCUCCGGGAUACCCUCUUCGAAAAGCUUACUUUCGCGGACUACCAGACUGUGAUGAUGCCCAGAGUCCACGGAAUCUGGAACCUUGAACGGGUGUUGACAACAACUAACGGUAGCAUGGAUUUCUUCGUCAGCCUUUCAUCCGCCGCUAGCUUUGUUGGUAAUAUCGGUCAAUCCCCUUACGCAGCUAGUGGAACCUUCAUGUCAGCGCUCGCCCAGUACCCCGACACAGCCAAGAUGCGCUGCUCGACAAUCGAUCUGCCGAUUGUGCGAGGAAUUGGAUACCUCUCCGACGAUCAGAAGCGCGAGGCAAUCGCUAAACAACUCGGCACGGAGUCCGUCGACGCAACAGAAAUCCGUGGUCUUGUGACUGCAGCAAUCCGGAACGAGUUCGACCUCUCUUGCGAUGGAAACUGUGUGGUUGGCUUUGAAGGCGUCAAAUCUACACCAGUCAAUGAACAGCCCUUCUGGGUAACCGAUACCAAACUGUCGCAUCUGUUGCGCCUCUCCACCCUCGCUGGCGCGGGUGAAUUGGCCGAGUCUGCGCAGAAUGGUACCGAGAUUCCGCCCGCAGUUGCUGUCCGGCAAUGUAAGGCCCGCGAAGGGGCUGAGGCAAUUGUUGGGACUGCAGUGCUCAACAAGAUCGCUACCAUUCUCAUGCGUCCAAUGGAAGACCUUGAUCCUGCUGCACCUAUCACAGUUUAUGGUCUCGAUUCGCUGGUCGCCAUUGAGAUCAGAAACUGGAUCACCCGCGAGUUGGAAGCUAAUUUGCAGAUUCUGGAGAUCUUGACCAGUGAAUCUAUCCCGGCUCUUGCUGAGACGAUUCUCAAGAAAUCGGGUAUCCUUAAUUCAGACUUGAAGGCUGAGUGGGGUCUCAAUGUGGCUGACGGCCGAACCGGCCAGGAAUGA